AUGCAUGCCUCCACUCUGCAGAGGAAACCGGCCAAGGACUGCAAAGACCCUUACUGCCCUCCUCCACUAUGCCAGGUGCCGCCCACUGAAAAAAGCAAAAGUACUAUAAAUUUCUCUUAUAAGACAGAAACUCUCUCAAAGCCUAAAGAUGGUGAAAAGCAGUCCAAAAAAUUUGGCCUCAAGUUAUUCCGGCUGAGUUUUAAGAAAGACAAGACCAAACAGCUGGCCAAUUUUUCUGCCCAGUUUCCUCCUGAGGAGUGGCCCCUGAGAGACGAGGACACGCCAACGACCAUCCCCCGGGAGGUGGAGAUGGAGAUCAUACGGCGUAUCAACCCGGACUUGACGGUGGAGAAUGUCAUGAGGCACACGGCACUGAUGAAAAAGCUUGAAGAAGAAAAGGCACACCGGAGCAAAGCUGGGUCCUCUGCCCACCACAGUGGAAGGAGUAAAAAGAGCCGGACUCACCGAAAGUCCCACGGGAAGUCUCGGUCCCAUAGCAAGACUCGAGUGUCCAAAGGAGAUCCUUCGGAUGGCUCCCAUCUGGAUAUCCCAGGUGAGAGGGAGUAUGAAUUCUGCGACCCUCUAACCAGGGCCCCCAGGGAGGGCUGCUUCAUCAUUGAACACAAAGGAGACAACUUCAUCAUGCACAGCAACACGAACGUGAUCGAGUCCCAUUUCCCCAUGACGCCAGAAUGGGAUGUGUCUGGUGAACUGGCCAAAAGGAGAACGGAGAUGCCCUUUCCCGAACCUUCCCGGGGAAGCUCCCACUCCAAAGUGCACCGAAGCCACAGCCAUACCCAGGACCGGAGGUCCAGGAAUGAGAGAUCCAACAAGGCCAAGGAGAGAUCCAGGUCGAUGGAUAACUCCAAAGGCCCCCUGGGCGCUUCUUCUCUCGGGACUCCGGAAGACCUGGCAGAAGGCUGCAGCCAAGAUGACCAGACCCCCAGCCAGUCCUACAUUGACGACAGUACUUUAAGGCCUGCACAUACUAUUGGUCAUCAAAGGGCUCAUAUUUCCCCUGCCAGCUAUAAAGAGGUGUGCAUUCCAGAAAUAGUUGGUGGCAGCAAGGAACCUUCAAGUGCUUGUAGCAUUUUGGAGCCAGGCAAAACCCCUGAGAGUAUGCCAUCCUAUGGGGAACUCAGCCCCUGCCCAGCAAAAACAGCUGUGGAUGACUAUUUUCAGUGCAACACCUCUAGCGAGACUGUGCUUACUGCGCCAUCACCUUUGGGGAAGAAUAAAGAGGACCAUGACACGUUGACCCUGGUGGAGGGGGUAAAAAAGCUGUCUCCGUCUGAGAGACAGACUCCCCAUUCUUCCAGAGAACCUGUUGGGCACAAGGAGGAGUCACCAAAAGGGCCAGGUGGGGGCCCUGCUGCCUCUGGUGGUGUGUCAGAGGGAAUGGCCAAUGGCCGCCUUGUCCAGCACCAUAGCGCAGAACCCAGCAGCCUGGACAAAAGGAAAGAAAUAUUCAGCAAAGACACACUGUUCAAACCUCUACACAGCACCUUGUCUGUAAACAGCUAUCACAAGUCCAGCCUAUCCCUCCUCAAAUCUCACCCGAAGUCACCUGCUGACACACUGCCAGGCCGAUGCGAAAAACUGGAACCUUCCCUUGGGACAUCGGUGGCCCAAGCCAUGCCUACGUCCCAGCGUCAGCAGGAGUCUGGGGGGAACCAGGAGGCUUCUUUUGACUAUUACAAUGUCUCCGAUGAUGAUGACUCUGAGGAAGGGGCCAACAAAAACACAGAGGAGGAGAAAAAUAGAGAUGACGUGGGCACUAUGCAGUGGCUCCUUGAGAGGGAGAAGGAAAGAGACUUGCAAAGGAAGUUUGAGAAGAAUCUUACCCUCCUCACCCCAAAAGAAACUGAUAGCAGCAGCAACCAGAGAGCCACCCAUUCGGCCCGCCUGGACAGCAUGGACAGCAGCAGCAUCACCGUGGACAGUGGAUUCAACUCCCCACGCACUCGGGAGAGCCUGGCUUCCAACACAUCAAGCAUUGUUGAAAGCAACCGCCGUCAGAACCCUGCUUUGAGUCCGGCCCAUGGCGGAGCUGGUCCAAACUUCAACUUCCGUGCAAGUACGGAUGCCCCGACCAAUGAAGCUGAGAAAUUACAGAAACCUUCCAACUGCUUGCAAGCUUCUGUUACUAGUGUAUGA